AUGGAAAACCUCACGCCAGAACAAUGGCGCGAGAUCAUGAACAAGAAGAUGCAGUUCCCUCCGGAGCUCAUCAGUGCCAUUCAGGAAGGGAAAAUAGAGCUGCUGCGAGGACUGCUGAAGACCGGUGAUGGCAUCAUCCGUCAGCUGGAUGAGUCCGAGGACCGCCAAUGGAGGGAGGCUCUCAACUUGUCCAUCCGCCUGGGCAACGAGGGCGCCAUGGACGCCCUCCUGCAGGGGGUCAAGUUUGACUUCCGGCAGAUUCACGAGGCCCUGCUUGUCGCCGUGGACACUAACCAGCCCUUGGUGGUGAAGCAUCUGCUGGACCGCCUGGACCAGGAAAAAGGCAACAAGAUGGACGUGCGCUCCUUCUCUCAGGCCAUCUUUGACCGCUCCAUUGACAACUCCCAGUUUGCCCCUGGUGUGACUCCUCUGACCUUGGCCUGCCAGAAAGACCUGUAUGAAAUAGUCACCAUGCUCACCCAAAAAGGUCACGAGAUCUCAUGGCCUCACAAGAUAUCCUGUGCUUGUCUGGAGUGUCGCAAUGGCCGCCAGUACGAUCUCCUUAAGUUCUCCUUGUCUCGCAUUAACACCUACCGUGGCAUCGCCAGCCGGGCCUACCUGUCUGUCACCUCUGAAGACGCCAUGCUCCGAGCUUUCUCUCUCAGCAGAGAGCUCCGCAAGCUCUCACAAAAAGAGCCAGAGUUCAAGCCUCAGUACCUGGCACUGGAGCAGCUUUGUCAAGAUUUUGCCGUUGAGUUGCUGGGCAUGUGUCGCAAUCAAAGUGAGGUGACCACUAUACUGAACAGCUGCGGAGACGAGAGCCAGGAUGCCUUGGACGAGCAGGCCUUUGAGGAGGGAAUACCCAACCUGUCACGUCUGCGGCUUGCUGUCAACUACAACCAGAAGCUGUUCGUGGCCCACCCAAUCUGCCAACAGGUGCUGUCAUCUAUCUGGUGUGGGAACCUGGCAGGCUGGAGAGGCAGCCGGACUGCCUGGAAGCUGUUUGUCUCUGUGGGGAUCUUUCUCACCAUGCCUAUCCUCUGCCUUGUCUACUGGAUCGCACCCAAAUCAAAGGUAGGAAAGAUACUGAAGAUCCCAGUGAUCAAAUUUCUCCUCCACUCAGCCUCCUAUCUGUGGUUUCUCAUCACGUUACUCGGAGAAUCAAUAACGAUGGAGAUGUAUCGAGACAAAUUUGCUUCCAGGGAGCAGAACAUCCUGCACAGCUCCUUCCAUAUGGUGUGGGUGGUCGGGUUCUUCUGGUACGAGUGUAAGGAGGUGUGGAUCGAGGGGCUGCGGAGUUACUUCCUGGACUGGUGGAACUGCUUGGACGUGAUGGUGCUCAGCAUGUACCUGGCGUCUUUUGCUUUACGUGUGCUUAUCAUGCUCAAAGGUCACUUCCUCUGUCAUGAACAAAACGGUGCAGAGGAGUGUACCUACUUCACUCAGACUGUGCGUCAGGACUGGCAUCAGGAGGACCCCCAGCUGAUUGCAGAGGUGCUGUUUGCGGUGACCAGUAUGUUGAGCUUCACGCGGCUGGCGUACAUCCUGCCAGCCCACGAGUCUCUGGGAACUUUGCAGAUCUCCAUAGGGAAGAUGAUUGAUGACAUGAUGAGAUUUAUGUUUAUAUUGAUGAUCAUUGGAACAGCCUUCCUCUGUGGCAUCAACAACGUCUACGUUCCUUAUGUCAUCUCUCCACAUCUUGGCAGGUUUAAUGAGACGUUCCACUUCUUAUUCUGGACCAUGUUUGGCGUGGCCAACCAGGACUAUGUUGACAUGCCGCAGUUUGUGUUGGCAGAGUUUGUAGGACGGAUUCUGUACGGCAUCUUCACUCUCGUCAUUGUCAUCGUCCUGCUCAACAUGCUUAUUGCUAUGAUCACCAACUCCUUUCAGAAAAUCGAGGAUGAUGCAGAUGUUGAGUGGAAGUUUGCCCGGUCAAAGCUGUACCUCAGUUACUUCAGAGAAGGCCUCACCAUGCCUGUGCCGUUCAACAUCAUCAUCUCACCCAAAGCUGUCUUUUAUAUCUUGAGGGGUAUCUUUAGACGACUCUGCUGCUGCUGCACUUGUAACUCUGAGAAGAACUACCCGCCUAUAGCCUCUAUGGUAAGUGGUGGUAGCGGAUCUGAUGACCAGUUACCUUACCGGCAGCAGGUGAUCAGAGCUCUGGUGCAACGCUACAUUGAGUCAGCACGCAGGGAGUUUGAGGAAACCAAGAGGAAAGAUAUCGGUAAUCGGAUCACAGAGCUGAGCAAAGCAGUCUCCAGGAUGCACAGUGAUAUGAAAAUGUUCCCGCAGCUUCUGAUGACGGAUGAUGGACAUGGUGGAAAUGAUGCAUUGCACAAAGACGGAUCCUCUAUACUGGGGAAAUACAUCAUUGGUGCCAAGAACAAUUUCAGAGGUUUUCACAGCAGUAAGGAAGACAAAAAUGUACCACUGCAAGUAACAGUGCACCAUGGAGAGGAAGGGGUGAAUAAAGAAAAGGUUGCAGAUGCAGAGUCAGACACACAGCAGAAUCAGGUGGCUGGAGGUGAAACAGAGGAUUUAAAGCAGGUAACAGACUGUGAUGUGGUGAAAAUGGAGGAAGGCAGAGCUAAAGCAGAGCUAGGAGAUAAGACGGAAACUGAGAGGAAAGAGAAGGAGGAGGAGGCCAAGACUGAAAAUACUGACAAUGAAGUGAAAGAGGAGGUGGUAGCAGGAACAAGUUUUAAUAACGUAGAAGAAAAGGUCAAAUCAACACAGGAUGAGUCAGAUAAAAAAAAGGAAGGAGAGGCGCUCACGGGGGCGAAGGUUGGUGAAAAACACACAGAGACGACCCCAGACCAAGCUAAAAACAUCAGCAGUGAAAAGACAGACACAGAGAGUGUGUUAAACAAAUUCAAAGACAUCGAGCUGCAAGAAAGAAAACAGCCUAAAUGGAUGAAGGGCAAACAAUUUGAGCAAAAUGCAGCAGAGAAGUCUGGUGUCAGGGAGAGCAACGAGAAACCUGGAGGCAAGAAAAUCAUUCCCUCGCCAACAGGCAGCGCAAGCUCCCAGGACACGGGCUUUGGAUCCCAAGAAGGGGAGGGAUCAAUUGAUGGGAUCCUAGUGAGACCCUAACUUUGACAUUUUUGGCCCUUGCAGGUCACCUUAUCCAAUAUCUGAUAAGAGAGUUUGUGCUAGUGCUGCACAGUUAAUCACUGACAGAUAAUUAGUGAUGUCUGUCGCUUAGUCCACUAAAAACUUUGGUCCAAAGCAACAUAUUUCAACAGCUACAGACCAGACUGACACAUUUUUGCCUCCUGUUGACCUCUUGUCUGUAGAUCCAUGACAAAGCGUCUUAAAAAACAUGUCACAGUCUAAUCAACCUGUUGUCAUUUGCUGAGCGCACAUUAAUAUUCAGAGGUUAUAAUGAAUAUUGCAAUCUCUUUUCAGUCU